AUGGCCAGCAAAGCUGAAAAGAAACAGCGUGGCGGCUCCCACCACCCCGGGGGGGGCGGGGCUGGGGGAGCUGCAGUGGCGGCUCCCACCACCCAGUCUGAGGAGAACGCCCUGCCCGCCAGCGAACCGGAGCCCGUGUAUGAGCCUGAAUCCUUCAAGGAGGAGCCUGAGCCGGUCUCGGAGGAACCUGAAGCACAGAAGGAAGUAUUAGUGGCGUCUGAGGCAGACCUGAAGCCCCUUUUCCUCUCCCGAGCGGCACUGACAGGACUGGCGGGCGCCGUGUGGACAGAGGAGCACGAUGCUGUUCUGGAACACUUUGCCCAGGACCCUACAGAAUCCAUCCUCACCAUCUUCGUCGACCCCUGUUUUGGGCUGAAGCUAGAUCUGGGCAUGCCUAUACAGACCCAGAAUCAGAUUGUCUACUUCAUUCGUCAAGCACCAGUUCCCAUCACUCCAGAGAACUUUGAGGCGACUGUGCAGUUCGGGACCGUGCGGGGUCCCUACAUCCCAGCCCUGCUUCGGCUACUCACCGGUGUCUUUGCCCCUCAAAUCUUUUCAAAUUCAACCUGGCCUGAGAGCAUUCGCAAUCAUUUUGCUUCUCAUCUACACAGGUUCCUGGCCUGCCUGACAGACACGCGGUACAAGCUGGAGGGGCACACCGUCCUCUACAUCCCCGCAGAGGCCGUGAACAUGAAACCCGAGGUGGUGGUAAAGGACAAAGAGCUGGUGCAGCGACUAGAAACCUCCAUGAUCCACUGGACCCGGCAGAUAAAGGAGGUGCUCAGCGCGCAGGAGACCGUGGAGACAGGAGAGAAUUUAGGUCCUCUGGAGGAGAUCGAGUUCUGGCGCAACCGAUGCAUGGACUUGUCUGGCAUCAGCAAACAGCUGGUGAAGCAGGGAGUGAAGCAUAUCGAGUCCAUCCUGCGCCUUGCCAAGUCAUCCUACUUGGCACCCUUUUUGAAACUGGCCCAGCAGAUCCAGGAUGGCUCUCGUCAAGCACAGUCAAACCUGACCUUUUUAUCAAUCCUGAAGGAACCGUACCAGGAGUUGGCUUUCAUGAGGCCUAAGGACAUCUCUAGUAAGCUCCCUAAAUUAAUCAGUCUCAUCCGCAUCAUCUGGGUCAACUCUCCCCACUACAACACUCGGGAGAGACUGACCUCGCUCUUCCGGAAGAUGAGCAAUGAGAUCAUCCGCUUGUGCUGUAACGCCAUCUCCCUGGACCGGAUCUUUGAGGGAUAUGUCACUUCCAGCAAGGAGGAUCUGCAAGGCUGCAUUUCCUGCUGUCAUGCUUGGAAAGAUCACUACCUUCGAGCUGUGCACAUGCAUACCCAGUUCUCCAGUCGGGGCUGGGUCCUGGACCAGACCAGCAUAUUUGCUCAGGUUGAUGCCUUUGUGCAACGCUGCAAGGACCUUAUUGAGGUAUGCGACUGUCAGCACCACUUCGCCCGCUGGGAAGAUGGCACGCAAGGUCCCCUUCCUUGCUUCUUUGGUGCUCAGGGGCCGCAGAUAACACGAAACUUGCUGGAGAUCGAGGACAUCUUUCAUAAAAACCUGCACACGCUGCGAGCUGUCCGCGGGGGCAUCCUGGACGUCAAGAACACCUCUUGGCAUGAAGACUACAAUAAAUUCCGUGCUGGAAUCAAGGACCUGGAGGUGAUGACCCAGAACCUGAUCACUUCGGCCUUCGAGCUAGUCCGCGAUGUGGAGCAUGGGGUGCUGCUGCUGGACACCUUCCACAGGCUCGCCACCCGCGAAGCCAUCAAGCGAACGUACGAUAAGAAGGCGGUGGAUCUCUACAUGCUGUUUAAUAGUGAGCUGGCCCUCGUGAACCGUGAACUGAACAAGAAAUGGCCAUACCUGGCGCCCUACAUGGCCCACUAUUCCGGACAGGCGCACUGGGUGCGGAUCCUGCGGCGGCGCAUCGACAGAGUCAUGAAUUGCCUUUCCAGUGCCCAUUUCCUGCCCCACAUUGGGACUGGAGAGGAGAGCGUGCACACCUACCAGCAGAUGGUGCAGGCCAUUGACGAACUGGUUCGGAAAACCUUCCAAGAGUGGACAGCCACGCUGGACAAGGACUGCAUUCGGCGGCUGGACACACCACUGCUACGGAUCAGCCAGGAGAAGGCAGGCAUGCUGGAUGUCAACUUUGACAAGUCCCUUCUGAUUCUCUUCGUGGAGAUCGACUACUGGGAGCGGCUGCUGUUCGAGACGCCGCACUACGUGGUGAACGUGGCGGAGCGGGCCGAGGACCUGCGCAUCCUGCGGGAAAACCUGCUGCUCGUCGCCCGGGACUACAACAGGAUUAUUGCCAUGCUGUCCUCAGAUGAACAGGCUCUAUUCAAAGAACGUAUCCGAUUUCUGGACAAGAAGAUCCACCCUGGACUCAAGAAACUACACUGGGCCCUCAAGGGGGCCAGCGCCUUCUUCAUCACGGAGUGCCGCAUACAUGCCAGCAAGGUGCAGAUGAUCGUGAAUGAUUUCAAGGCGUCCACUCUGACCGUCGGCUGGCGAGCCCAGGAGAUGUCCGAGACACUGUUGGUGCGAAUUAGUGGCAAACGGGUGUACAGGGACCUGGAAUUUGAGGAGGACCAAAAAGAGCAUCGGACAGCUGUACAGCAGAAACUGAUGAGCCUGCACCAGGAUGUGGUGGACAUCAUGGCCAACGCCUAUGAGGUCUUCAAGAAUGACGGCCCCGAGAUUCAGCACCAGUGGAUGCUCUACACAAUUCGGCUGGACCACAUGAUGGAGGACGCCCUGCGCCUGAAUGUCAAGUGGUCACUGCUGGAAUUGUCCAAGGCUAUCAAUGGGGAUGGGAAGACCACCCCAAAUCCACUCUUCAGAGUCCUUGUCAUUUUGCAGAAUGACGUGCAAGGAGGUGUGGCACAGGUGGAAUUCUCACCUACUCUGCAGACUUUGGCAGGCGUGGUCAACGACAUCGGCAAUCAUCUCUUUUCCACCAUCUCUGUCUUCCGCCACCUCCCUGAAAUUCUCAUCAAGCGCAAGUUCCAUCGUGAACCCAUCCAUAUAAUUGUGGAACGAGACGAGGACAUCAAGAAGAUCCAGGCCCAGAUCAGCAGCGGCAUGACCAACAAUGCCGGCCUGCUGCAAAACUACCUGAAGACCUGGGAUAUGUACCGCGAAAUCUGGGAGAUCAACAAGGACUCGUUCAUUCGUCGCUACCAGCGCCUCAACCCCCCAGUCUCUUCUUUUGAUGCCGACAUUGCCCGCUACACAGAGGUCGCCAACAAUGUGCAGAAGGAGGAGACGGUCCUCAACAUCCAGUUCGUGCUGCUGGACUGUUCGCACCUCAAGUUCUCGCUGGUGCAGCACUGCAACGAGUGGCAGAACAAGUUCACGACUCUGCUCAAGGAGAUGGCCGCCGGGCGGCUCCUGGAGCUGCACACCUACCUGAGGGAGAACGCAGAGAAAAUCAGCCACCCUCCGCAGACCCUGGAGGAACUGGGGGUCAGCUUGCAGCUCAUGGAGACCCUGCAGCAUGACCUGCCCAACCUAGAGACCCAGAUCCCUCCCAUACACGAGCAGUUCGCCAUUCUUGAGAAGUACGAGGUGCCGGUUCAGGACAGUGUGCUGGAGAUGCUGGAAAGUCUCAAUGGGGAGUGGGUCAUCUUCCAGCAAACGCUGUUGGACAGUGAACAGAUGCUGAAGAGACAUAAGGAGAAAUUCAAGACAGGCCUUAUUCACUCAGCCGAUGAUUUCAAGAAGAAAGCACACAAUCUGCUGGAGGAUUUUGAAGUGAAAGGCCCCUUCACCAGCAACGUGGGGUAUGCGGUUGCCCUGGACCAGAUCGCACAGGUGCGGGCCACACUGCUGGCCAUGCGGGAGGAAGAAAACCUCCUCCGCUCCAACCUGGGCAUCUUCAAGAUCGAGCAGCCGGCCUCCAAGGACCUUCAGAACCUGGAGAAGGAGCUGGACGCUCUCCAGCAAGUCUGGGAGAUCACGCGGGACUGGGAGGAGAACUGGAACCAGUGGAAGACCGGCCGGUUCCUGACGCUGCAGACGGAGGCCAUGGAGACUAUGGCCCACGGGCUGUUUCGUCGCCUCACAAGACUGGCCAAAGAGUACAAGGACCGAAACUGGGAAAUCAUUGAAACCACUCGCUCAAAAAUAGAGCAGUUCAAGAGGACCAUGCCUCUCAUCUCAGACCUGCGAAACCCUGCCCUGAGAGAGAGGCACUGGGACCAGGUCAGGGAUGAGAUCCAACGGGAGUUUGAUCAGGAAUCUGAAAGCUUCACCCUGGAACAGAUUGUGCAGCUUGGGAUGGAUCAGCACGUGGAGAAAAUUGGGGAGAUCUCUGCCUCAGCAACAAAAGAGCUGGCUAUAGAACUGGCGUUACAAAACAUUGCCAAGACCUGGGAUGUGACUCAGCUGGACAUAGUGCCCUACAAGGAUAAGGGCCAUCACCGGCUCAGAGGUACAGAAGAAGUAUUCCAAGCACUGGAAGAUAACCAGGUGGCUCUGUCUACCAUGAAAGCGUCUCGUUUUGUCAAGGCCUUUGAGAAGGAAGUGGACCACUGGGAACGCUGCCUCUCCCUCAUCUUGGAGGUCAUCGAGAUGGUGCUCACCGUGCAGCGUCAGUGGAUGUACCUGGAGAACAUCUUCCUGGGAGAGGACAUCCGCAAGCAGCUGCCCAAUGAGUCAGCCUUGUUUGACCAGGUCAACAGCAACUGGAAAGCCAUCAUGGAUCGGAUGAACAAGGACAGCAACGCUCUCCGGAGCACCCACCACCCCGGUCUUCUGGACACUUUGAUAGAAAUGAACACCAUCCUGGAGGAUAUUCAGAAGUCCCUGGAUAUGUAUUUAGAGACCAAGCGCCAUAUUUUCCCCCGCUUCUACUUCCUGUCCAAUGAUGACCUGCUGGAGAUACUGGGCCAGUCGCGCAACCCAGAGGCCGUGCAACCACACCUCAAGAAAUGCUUCGACAACAUCAAAUUGCUGAGGAUCCAGAAGGUUGGGGGGCCCAGCAGCAAAUGGGAAGCUGUGGGGAUGUUCUCGGGUGACGGCGAGUAUAUUGAUUUCCUCCACUCGGUACUUCUUGAAGGGCCUGUGGAGUCUUGGCUUGGCGAGGUGGAACGGACCAUGAGGGUGACCCUACGGGACCUUCUCCGGAACUGCCGCAUAGCCCUCAAGAAGUUCCUCAACAAGAGAGACAAGUGGGUGAAGGAGUGGGCCGGCCAGGUGGUGAUCACUGCCAGUCAGAUCCAGUGGACAGCCGAUGUCACCAAGUGCCUGGUGACAGCUAAGGAGCGGGGAGACAAGAAAAUCCUCAAGGUCAUGAAGAAGAAGCAGGUGUCAAUACUGAAUAAGUAUUCAGAAGCCAUCAGGGGGAACUUAACCAAGAUCAUGAGGCUUAAAAUCGUGGCUCUGGUGACAAUAGAAAUCCACGCCCGGGAUGUGUUGGAGAAGCUUUAUAAGAGUGGCCUCAUGGAUGUCAACUCCUUUGACUGGCUCAGCCAGCUUCGGUUCUACUGGGAGAAGGAUCUUGAUGACUGUGUGGUCCGCCAGACCAACACUCAAUUCCAGUACAAUUAUGAGUACCUGGGUAACUCCGGCCGGCUUGUCAUCACCCCCCUGACAGACAGGUGUUAUAUGACACUGACUACGGCAUUGCACCUGCAUCGAGGGGGCUCGCCCAAAGGUCCAGCAGGGACAGGAAAGACGGAGACAGUCAAGGACCUGGGCAAGGCCCUUGGGAUCUAUGUCAUCGUGGUCAACUGCUCUGAGGGCCUGGACUAUAAGUCCAUGGGCCGAAUGUACUCAGGGCUGGCCCAGACCGGAGCCUGGGGCUGCUUUGACGAGUUCAACCGCAUCAACAUCGAGGUGCUGUCAGUGGUGGCCCAGCAGAUCCUGUCCAUCCUUUCUGCCUUGGCUGCCAACCUCUCCCGGUUCUAUUUUGAGGGCUUUGAAAUAAAUCUGGUGUGGUCCUGUGGGAUCUUCAUUACCAUGAAUCCUGGCUACGCUGGCCGUACAGAGCUUCCCGAUAAUCUAAAAUCCAUGUUCCGUCCAAUUGCCAUGGUGGUGCCUGACUCUGUCCUUAUCGCAGAAAUCAUUCUCUUUGGGGAGGGCUUUGGCAACUGCAAGGUUCUGGCCAAGAAAGUGUACACACUGUACUCGCUGGCCGUGCAGCAGCUCUCCAGACAGGACCACUAUGACUUCGGCCUGCGUGCCCUCACCUCCCUCCUGCGUUACGCUGGCAAGAAGCGCCGCCUCCAGCCGGACCUGGCAGAUGAAGAGGUUCUACUGCUGUCCAUGAGAGAUAUGAAUAUUGCCAAGCUCACUUCAGUCGAUGUGCCACUGUUCAAUGCCAUCAUGCAAGAUUUAUUUCCCAACAUUGAGCUGCCUGUCAUCGACUACGGCAAGCUUCGGGAGACCGUCGAGCAGGAGAUCCGCGACAUGGGCCUGCAAAGCACGCCGUUCACUCUCACCAAGGUGUUCCAGCUGUACGAGACCAAGAACUCCCGCCACUCCACCAUGAUCGUGGGCUGCACGGGCAGCGGCAAAACCACCUCGUGGCGAAUCCUGCAGGCCUCCUUGUCCUCCCUGUGCCGCGCCGGAGACCCCAACUUCAACAUUGUUCGAGAGUACCCCCUGAAUCCCAAAGCGUUGUCCCUAGGGGAACUGUACGGGGAGUAUGACCUCAGCACUAACGAAUGGACAGAUGGCGUCCUGUCCAGCGUCAUGCGGACUGCAUGUGCAGACGAGAAGCCAGAUGAGAAGUGGAUCCUCUUUGAUGGCCCGGUGGACACGCUGUGGAUCGAGAGCAUGAACUCUGUCAUGGAUGAUAACAAAGUGCUGACGCUCAUCAACGGAGAGCGCAUCGCCAUGCCCGAGCAGGUGUCCCUCGUGUUCGAGGUGGAAAACCUGGCAGUGGCCUCGCCAGCCACCGUCUCUCGCUGCGGGAUGGUCUACACUGACUAUGUUGACCUGGGCUGGAAGCCCUACGUUCAGUCGUGGUUGGAGAAGAGGCCAAAGGCUGAGGCAGAGCCCCUUCAACGGAUGUUCGAAAAGCUUAUCAACAAGAUCCUGACCUUCAAGAAGGACAACUGCAACGAGCUGGUGCCCCUCCCUGAGUACAGUGGGAUCAUGUCCCUCUGCAAGCUGUACUCGGCCCUGGCCACGCCAGAGAAUGGGCUGAACCCCGCGGACGGCGAGAACUUUGCCACCAUGGUGGAGAUGAUGUUCGUGUUCAGCAUGAUCUGGUCUGUGUGUGCCUCUGUGGACGAGGAGGGCCGCAAGAAGAUCGACAGCUACCUGCGCGAGAUCGAGGGUUCCUUUCCCAAUAAGGACACCGUGUACGAGUAUUUUGUGGACCCCAAGAUGCGGAGUUGGACAUCAUUUGAGAAUAAGCUCCCUAAGAGUUGGCGCUACCCUCCUAACGCGCCCUUCUAUAAGAUCAUGGUGCCCACCGUCGACACCAUUCGCUACAACUACCUGAAGGACACGUUCGGGUCCCAGCCGCCCCUGGAGCUGAUUCGCCUCUGGAUCGACUAUGGCUUCUGGUACGAUCGUGUGAAGCAGACCAUCAAAUACAUUCGAGACAUGUUCCUGAUGGCUGCCAUGGGGCCUCCCGGGGGUGGACGAACUGUCAUCUCCCCCAGGCUGCAGAGUCGCUUCAAUCUUAUCAACAUGACCUUCCCUACGGAGUCCCAGAUCAUUCGCAUAUUCGGCACCAUGAUCAAUCAGAAGCUUCAGGACUUUGAGGAAGAGGUGAAGCCCAUUGGGAACGUGGUAACCGAGGCCACCCUGGACGUGUACAAUACCGUGGUCCAGCGCUUUCUGCCCACACCCGCCAAGAUCCACUACCUCUUCAACCUUCGUGACAUCUCCAAGGUGUUCCAGGGCAUGCUCAGAGCGAACAAGGACUUCCACGACACCAAGUCCAGCAUCACACGGCUCUGGAUUCAUGAGUGUUUCAGAGUCUUUUCUGACCGACUGGUCGAUGCGGCAGACAUGGAAGCCUUCGUGAGCAUCUUAAGUGACAAACUCGGCUCCUUUUUUGACCUCACCUUUCAUAAUCUCUGUCCCAACAAACGUCCUCCUAUCUUUGGGGACUUCCUGAAGGAGCCCAAGGUGUAUGAAGACCUGACAGAUCUGACCGUACUGAAGACAGCCAUGGAGACAGCUCUAAACUCAGCCAACUCAUUACCCUCACCCCCCCCCCCCCGCCCCCGAACUCGGCGGGGGGUAGUCACGCGAAUCGUGCGGGUGAUUGGACAGCCUCGGGGCAACAUGCUUUUGGUGGGCAUCGGGGGCAGCGGACGUCAGAGCCUGGCCCGCUUGGCUUCAUCCAUCUGCGAGUACAUCACUUUCCAGAUUGAGGUCACCAAGCACUAUCGGAAGCAGGAGUUCCGCGAUGAUAUCAAGCGACUCUAUCGCCAGGCCGGGGUUGAGCUCAAGACCACGUCCUUCCUUUUUGUGGACACCCAGAUCGCUGACGAAUCCUUCCUAGAAGACAUUAACAACAUCCUCAGCUCAGGCGAGGUCCCCAAUCUCUACAAGACAGAUGAAUUUGAAGAGAUCCAGGCACACAUCAUAGAGCAGGCCCGGGCGGAGCAGGUGCCUGAGUCGUCGGACAGCCUCUUCGCCUACCUCAUCGAGCGCGUGCGCAACAACCUGCACAUCGUGCUCUGCCUCAGCCCCGUGGGGGACCCCUUCAGGAACUGGAUCCGCCAGUACCCAGCCUUGGUGAACUGCACGACCAUUAACUGGUUCUCAGAGUGGCCCCGCGAGGCCCUGCUAGAGGUGGCUGAGAAGUACCUCGUGGGAGUGGACCUGGGGACUCAGGAGAAUAUCCACAGGAAGGUGGCCCGGAUCUUUGUCACCAUGCAUUGGUCAGUGGCGCGCUACUCCCAGAAGAUGCUGUUGGAACUGAAAAGAUACAACUAUGUCACACCCACCAACUACCUGGAGCUCGUGUCCGGGUAUAAGAAGCUGCUGGGAGAGAAACGGCAGGAGCUGCUGGACCAGGCCAAUAAGCUGCGGACAGGGCUGUUCAAGAUCGAUGAAACCAGGGAAAAGGUGGAAGUGAUGUCUCUGGAGCUGGAAGAUGCCAAGAAAAAGGUGGCUGAGUUCCAGAAACAGUGCGAGGAGUACCUGGUCAUCAUCGUGCAGCAGAAGCGGGAAGCGGAUGAGCAGCAGAAGGCCGUAACAGCCAAUAGCGAAAAAAUUGCAGUUGAGGAAAUCAAAUGUCAGGCCCUGGCGGACAAUGCUCAGAAAGAUCUAGAAGAGGCAUUGCCUGCUCUGGAAGAGGCCAUGCGGGCCCUGGAGUCUCUGAACAAGAAGGAUAUCGGUGAGAUCAAGUCUUAUGGCCGGCCCCCUGCCCAAGUGGAGAUAGUGAUGCAGGCGGUCAUGAUCCUUCGGGGCAAUGAGCCCACGUGGGCAGAAGCCAAGAGGCAGCUGGGGGAGCAGAACUUCAUCAAGUCACUGAUCCACUUUGAUAAAGACAACAUCUCAGAUAAAGUCCUGAAGAAGAUCGGAGCCUACUGUGCCCAGCCCGACUUCCAGCCUGACAUCAUCGGCCGCGUCUCCCUGGCCGCCAAGUCCCUCUGCAUGUGGGUGCGGGCCAUGGAGCUCUAUGGCCGGCUGUAUCGGGUGGUGGAGCCCAAGCGAGUCCGAAUGAACGCGGCCUUGGCCCAGCUUCAGGAGAAGCAGGCGGCGCUUGCUGAGGCCCAGGAGAAGCUGCGGGAGGUGGCCGAGAAACUGGAAAUGCUGAAGAAGCAGUACGAUGAGAAGCUGGCCCAGAAGGAGGAGCUUCGCAAGAAGUCGGAAGAGAUGGAGCUGAAGCUGGAGCGGGCGGGGAUGCUGGUGUCUGGGCUGGCUGGCGAGAAGGCCCGGUGGGAGGAGACGGUGCAGGGCCUGGAGGAGGACCUGGGCUACCUUGUGGGUGACUGUCUCCUGGCAGCGGCCUUCCUGUCCUACAUGGGGCCUUUCCUGACCAACUACCGGGAUGAGAUUGUCAACCAGAUCUGGAUCCGCAAGAUCUGGGAGCUUCAGGUUCCCUGCUCGCCUCGCUUCGCCAUCGAUAACUUCCUGGCCAAUCCUACCAAAGUUCGGGACUGGAACAUCCAAGGGUUGCCCUCAGAUGCCUUCUCCACCGAGAACGGCAUCAUCGUCACCCGUGGCAACAGGUGGGCCCUGAUGAUUGAUCCUCAGGCCCAGGCCCUGAAGUGGAUUAAGAACAUGGAAGGGAACCAGGGCCUGAAGAUCAUCGACCUGCAGAUGAGCGAUUACCUUCGGAUCCUAGAAAACGCCAUCCAGUUUGGGUACCCAGUGCUGCUCCAGAACGUGCAGGAGUACCUGGACCCCUCGCUCAACCCCGUGCUCAACAAAUCCGUAACUCGAAUUGGUGGUCGGCUGCUGAUGCGCAUUGGCGAUAAGGAGGUGGAAUACAAUACCAACUUCCGUUUCUAUAUCACCACCAAGCUCUCCAACCCCCACUAUAGCCCGGAGACCUCAGCCAAGACCACUAUUGUCAACUUUGCUGUUAAAGAACAGGGCCUGGAGGCCCAGCUGCUGGGCAUCGUGGUCCGGAAGGAGCGGCCGGAGCUGGAGGAGCAGAAGGAUUCGCUGGUCAUCAACAUCGCCGCUGGCAAGAGGAAGCUCAAGGAGCUAGAGGACGAGAUCCUUCGGCUGCUGAAUGAGGCCACGGGCUCCCUGCUAGACGACGUGCAGCUGGUGAACACCCUGCGCACCUCCAAGGUGACGGCCGCCGAGGUGACGGAGCAGCUGGAGACCAGUGAGACCACGGAGAUCAACAUCGACAUGGCGCGCGAGGCUUACCGGCCCUGCGCCCAGCGGGCGUCUGUGCUGUUCUUCGUGCUCAAUGACAUGGGCCGCAUCGACCCCAUGUACCAGUUCUCGCUGGAUGCCUACAUCACCCUCUUCAUCCUCAGCAUUGACAAGAGCCACCGCAGCAAUAAGCUGGAGGACCGCAUUGACUACCUGAACGAGUACCACACCUACGCCGUCUACAGGUACACCUGCCGCACCCUUUUCGAGCGCCACAAGUUACUGUUCAGCUUUCAGAUGUGCGCCAAGAUCCUGGAGACUUCCGGCAAACUCAACAUGGAUGAGUACAACUUCUUCCUCCGCGGGGGUGUGGUCCUGGACAGGGAGGGCCAAAUGGAUAACCCGUGUACCAGCUGGCUUGCAGACGCUUACUGGGACAACGUCACAGAGCUGGACAAACUCACCAACUUCCACGGCCUCAUGAACUCCUUCGAGCAGUACCCUCGAGACUGGCACCUGUGGUACACCAAUGCCACCCCGGAGAAGGCCAUGCUGCCGGGUGAGUGGGAAAAUGCCUGCAACGAGAUGCAGCGGAUGCUGAUCGUGCGCUCGCUGCGCCAGGACCGCGUGGCCUUCUGCGUUACCUCUUUCAUCGUCUCCAACCUCGGCUCCCGCUUCAUCGAGCCGCCGGUGCUGAACAUGAAGUUGGUGAUGGAGGAUUCAAACCCGCGAUCCCCACUUGUAUUCAUCCUGUCCCCGGGCGUGGACCCCACUGGCGCGCUGCUCCAGCUGGCAGAGAACACGGGCAUGGCCCAGCGCUUCCACGCCCUGUCCCUGGGCCAGGGCCAGGCCCCCAUCGCUGCUCGGCUGCUCCGGGAUGGUGUGGUUCAGGGACACUGGGUGUUCCUGGCCAACUGCCACCUGUCCCUGUCCUGGAUGCCCAAUCUGGACAAGCUGGUGGAGCAGCUGCAGGUGGAAGACCCUCACCCUUCUUUCCGCCUCUGGCUCAGCUCCAGCCCCCACCCAGACUUCCCCAUCUCCAUCCUGCAGGCCAGCAUCAAGAUGACCACGGAGCCACCGAAGGGCCUGAAGGCCAACAUGACACGUCUUUACCAACUAAUGUCAGAGUCCCAGUUCUCCCGCUGCUCCAAGCCUGCCAAGUACAAGAAACUGCUGUUUGCACUCUGCUUCUUCCACUCGGUGUUACUUGAACGCAAAAAGUUCCUGCAGCUCGGCUGGAACAUCAUCUACGGCUUCAACGACUCGGACUUCGAGGUGUCGGAGAACUUGCUGAGCCUUUAUCUGGAGGAGUAUGAGGAGACGCCCUGGGAUGCGCUCAAGUACCUCAUCGCGGGCGUCAACUACGGUGGGCACGUCACUGAUGACUGGGACCGGCGCCUCCUUACCACCUACAUCAACGACUACUUCUGCGACCAGUCUCUAUCAACGCCCUUCUACCGGUUGUCUGUUCUGGAGACCUACUACAUCCCCAAGGACGGGGGCCUGGCCUCCUACAAGGAAUACAUCAGCAUGCUGCCUGGCAUGGACCCCCCCGAGGCCUUUGGCCAACACCCCAAUGCUGACGUGGCCUCCCAGAUCACUGAGGCGCGAACUCUCUUUGAGACCCUGCUAUCCUUACAACCCCAGAUUACCCCGACCAGGGCGGGAGGCCAGAGCCGGGAAGAGAAGGUGCUGGAGUUGGCCACCGACGUGAAGCAGAAGAUCCCUGAAAUGAUCGACUAUGAGGGGACCCGAAAACUGCUGGCUCUCGAUCCCUCCCCCCUCAACGUUGUCCUUCUGCAAGAGAUUCAGAGAUACAACAAGCUGAUGGAGACCAUCCUGUCCUCCCUGACAGACCUGGAGAAAGGCAUCCAGGGCCUCAUCGUCAUGUCCACAAGCUUGGAGGAGAUCUUCAAUUGCAUCUUUGACGCCCACGUCCCUCCACUCUGGGGCAAGGCAUAUCCCUCACAGAAGCCACUGGCUGAUUGGACCCGGGACUUGGCCAUGCGCGUGGAACAGUUUGAGCUGUGGGCCAGCCGCGCCCGGCCUCCGGUGAUCUUCUGGCUGUCUGGCUUCACCUUUCCCACCGGCUUCCUCACGGCCGUGCUGCAGGCUUCAGCUCGCCAGAACAACAUUUCAGUGGACAGCCUCUCCUGGGAAUUUAUCGUCUCCACAGUGGAUGACAGCAACCUAGUAUAUCCACCCAAGGAUGGUGUCUGGGUUCGAGGUCUGUACCUGGAGGGUGCUGGCUGGGACCGGAAGAACUCCUGCUUGGUGGAGGCAGAGCCCAUGCAGCUUGUCUGCCUGAUGCCCACCAUCCACUUCCGGCCCACAGAGAGCCGCAAGAAGAGCGCCAAGGGCAUGUACUCCUGCCCCUGCUACUACUAUCCCAACCGGGCAGGCAGCGCGGACCGAGCCUCCUUCGUCAUCGGCAUCGACCUCCGGUCUGGGGCUAUGACAUCUGACCACUGGAUCAAGAGGGGCACCGCUCUACUCAUGAGCCUGGACAACUGAGAGGCCCCCCUCUUCUUCCCUGCUUCAGAGAGUUGGGGACUGUCGGGCUCUGGCUGAUAAUUCACUUCGGACUAGAGGCCCGACCUUACCCAGGGUUUGACCUUGACCCAAUACUUGGGAGAACCUAGUUCUGCCGGCCAUAAAGGUGGAGGAGGCUUACUGGAUCUCAGUGCAGUAAACACCCGAGACACACGCCUGGUCUCUCAGUGGAAUGGGGGCGUUGGGGAGAGAAGAAAGCCGCGGCUACACCGGGAAAGGAACCAAGGAAGUGGGGAGGACUUGAGAGAAGAGGGGGCGAGCCUUUCAGCGAAGGGGCCGGGCCGUGGGACCUAAAGAAGGUGUGGCUAAGUCUCGGGGCCGGACUUGAGUGAGUGGGGCGGGGCUUACUACAGAAGGGCGCGUGAUCCAAAUGGAAUAGGGGUUCGUCAGGCAGGGAUCCGGGCUGGCCCCCAUACGCUGCCCCCUGAACCCUGCACCCCACACCCGGCGUCCCACCUGGCACCUGCGCCGGGGCUGGCGGGGCCGGCACAGGGCGGGGCGGGGCCGCG